AUGGCUUAUCAUCACUUGGCCACAUUCUUGCUCACCUCACUCUUUCUUGUGUGCUCAUGCAAUUUUUCAUCUUCAGAAGCAAGAAAGCUCUUCGCCAAAUACCCUAGCCCUCAUCUCGCCAACGAAGAUCAGGUUUUAGGAUCGCUACCAACUACUGGAGUUCGACCCAAACACACCGGCAUUGAUCGGGUUUUAGAACAAUCAGUUCCUAGUCCUGGAGCUGGCCAUCAUUUCGCUGCUGGCAUCGAUGAGGAUUCCAGGUCGGUCCCGAGUCCUGGAGCUGGCCACCAUUUUGAUGGCAUUGGUCAGACUUUCGGAAUAUCAGUGCCAAGUCCUGGAGCUGGACACCAUUUCAGUGGCAAUGGUCAGGUUUUCGGAAACUCGGUGCCGAGUCGGGUUGGCCACCGUUUUGAUGGCAUUGGUCAGACUUUCGGAACAUCGGUGCCGAGUCCUGGAGCUGGACACCAUUUCAGUGGCAAUGGUCAGGUUUUCAGAAACUCGGUGCCGAGUCGGGUUGGCCACCAUUUUGAUGGCAUUGGUCAGACUUUCGGAACAUCGGUGCCGAGUCCUGGAGCUGGACACCAUUUCAGUGGCAAUGGUCAGGUUUUCAGAAACUCGGUGCCGAGUCGGGUUGGCCACCAUUUUGAUGGCAUUGGUCAGACUUUCGGAACAUCGGUGCCGAGUCCUGGAGCUGGACACCAUCUCCGUGGCAAUGGUCAGGUUUUCAGAAACUCGGUGCCGAGUCGGGUUGGCCACCAUUUUGAUGGCAUUGGUCAGACUUUCGGAACAUCGGUGCCGAGUCCUGGAGCUGGACACCAUCUCAGUGGCAAUGGUCAGGUUUUCGGAAACUCGGUGCCGAGUCGGGUUUUCGGAAUAUCGGUGCCGAGUCCUGGAGCUGGGCAUCGUCUCAAUGCAAAUGGUCCUGCUGGAAUUGAUCGGACUCAGGAAUGA